UUGCCCAUUUUUAGCCCCCAAAUUGCCCCUUUUUAUCCCCAAAAUUUCCCUUUGUAGUCCCAAACUGCUCGUUUUUAGCCUCAAAAUCGCCCUUUUUCACCCCAACCCCCCUGCCCCCCGCGUGAACUCACACUGGAAAACCCAAAAUCGCCCUUUUUAGCCCCAAAAUCCGCCCCCUUGGGGUUUCCCUUUGCGCGCUGCGGCCGCCCUGAGGAAAUGGGGAAAUGUCCGUUUCCUGAGCAGCCGCCCCACAGCGGAGCCGCCCCAUAGCGGAGCUGUCCCAUAGCAGAGCUGCCCCAUAGCAGAGCCGCCCCAUAGCGGAGCUGCCCCACAGCGGAGCUGCCCCAUAGCGGUGCCCCAUAGCGGAGCUGCCUCGUAGAUGAACGAAGCCAGAGCGGAGCUGCCCCAUAGCGUUGGAGAGCAUCUCCAGGCCCCAAACCUCAUUAAGCUAACGAGCUUCGUUCACCUAAUGAGCAUCACGCUGGGAGUGGAACCCACAUCGCUUCGUUAACCUAACGAGCUUCGUUAACGUAACAAACUUCCACCCAACUUGUUGCCCAUCUGCCACGCCAUUGGUGUUGAGGUUGACAUCAACUCCUAAUGACACUGCUCACUCGUUAACCUAGCGGGCAUCAUCAACCUAACGAGCAUCAUCAACCAAACGAGCUUCAUCAACCUAAUGAACUUCAUUAACCUAACGAACUUCGUUAACCCAAGGAGCUCCCACCCAACUGGGAACGCAUUGGCCACACCAUCACCACUGAGGUUGACAUCAACCCCUGAUGACACCACUCCCUCAUUAACUUAACGAGCUUACUUAAUAAGAGUCAUCAACCCAAGGAGUGUCAUCAACCUAACGAACUUCAUUAGCCUAAAGAACUUCAUUAACCUAACGAGCUUUGUUGACCCAACGAGCUUCCACCCAACUUGGAACCCAUUGGCCAUACCGUUGGCAUUGAGGUUGGCAUUGACCCCUACCACCACCACUCCCUCGUUAACCUAACGAGGAUCAUCAACCUAAGGAACGUCAUCAACCCAACAAACUUCAUUAACCUAACAAGCUUCAUUAAGGUAACGAGCUUCAUUAACGAGCUUCGUUGACCCAACGAGCUUCCACCCAACUUGGAGCCCAUUGGCCACACCGUUGGCGUUGAGGGUGGCCUUGACCCCGACCACCACCACUCCCUCAUUAACCUAACGAGGAUCAUCAACCCAAGGAGCAUCAUCAACCUAACGAACUUCAUUAGCCUAAAGAACUUCAUUACCCUAACGAGCUUCAUUAACCUAACAAGCUUCAUUGACCCAACGAGCAUCCAACCCAACUUGGAACCCAUUGGCCACACCGUUGGCAUUGAGGUUGGCCUUGACCCCAACCACCACCACUCCCUCAUUAACCUCAUUACCCUCAUUACCCUAAUGACCUCCAUUCCACCCCGGGCCGCCCCGACGCCCUUUAUGGACUACUACGACGACCUCGCCAACUUCACCUUCAACCCCAACGACACCAUCGGUCACCACCACAUCCCGUGGGGUCACCGCUUGGCGCUGGCGCUCUACGCCGCCAUCUUCCUGCUCGGCGUUCCCGGCAACGCCGCGGUGCUGUGGCUCAGCGCCGCCGCUCAGCGCCGCGCCGUCCCCGCCGUCUGGUUCCUCCACCUGGCCGCCGCCGACCUCCUGUGCUGCGCCGCGCUGCCCUUCCUGGCCAUCCCGGUAGCCGGCGACCACCGCUGGCCGUUGGGCGACUUCGGUUGCAAGCUCUUCCCGGCGCUGGCGGUGCUCAACAUGUACGCCAGCGUCCUCCUGCUGGCCGCCAUCAGCGCCGAUCGGUGGCUCAUGGUCACGCACCCGGCCUGGUGCCACAACCACCGCACGCCGCGCACCGCGCACCGCGUCUGCCUGGCCCUCUGGCUGGCGGCCGCCGUCCUCACCGUGCCCACCUUCCUCUUCCGCGCCGUCCGCCGCGACGCCUUCGCCGACGCCGUGCUCUGCGUGGUGGACUACGGCGCCGCCGGCCAGCACCGCCGCUUCGCCGAAGCCUUCAUCGCCGCCCUCCGCUUCGCCGCUGGCUUCCUCCUCCCCUUCUCCGCCAUCGCCGUGUGCCACGCGCUCCUCCUGGCCCGGCUCCGCGCUCGCCGCUUCACCCGCACCCAACGCGCCGCCGGCACCGUCCUGGCCGUCGUGGUCACGUUCUUCGUCUGCUGGUUGCCGUACCACGUCGUGGGGUUGGUCCUCGCCGCCAGCAAGCCGGGCACGGAGGCCUAUUUUGGGGCGACGGCGGCCGAUCCGGUGGUCACCGGGCUGGCGUACGCCAACAGUUGUGCCAAUCCCAUCAUCUACGCCGCGGCGGCGCAGCGGCGCGGGGGGAGGUGGGGGAAGGGAGGGGAGCGGGGCCGGGGGUCGUGGUGCUCGGCGCUGCGG